AAGAGUUUCCCGCGGGGAAUCACAGGGAAGACAUCCAAUGAUUAGGACUGUACAGAGCAAACUUCCAUUUGUCCAGGGAGUCAUGACUGAGUCUGGGUCGGGUAUUCCUCUGGACCGCGGUUGUUGUGACGUAAGUGAGUUUAUCAGAUAGUACCUAGGUAUCUAUAUAGUCUGACUGCAAUGCCCUUUUCUUUUCUUCAUUCCUACUUUAUCUCGGUUUAGAAGUAGUGUUCAGUAGAAGACUGAAGUGACCACUGACAAGUCACGAUGGAUCACGUGGACACCCAACUGAAGGAAGUCGCCAUCCUCGGCGCCCUCAACGACGAAACCCGCAAGAUCCUCACCAAGGAAGCCUGUGCCUUCCUGGCCAUCUUGCACCGCACCUUCAAUUCCACCCGCAAGGCUCUCUUGCAGCGUCGCGUCGACCGCCAGGCUGAGAUCGAUAAAGGCCAUCUGCCCGACUUCCUCCCUGAGACCAAGCACAUCCGGGAGAACGAUGCCUGGAGGGGUGCACCUCCUGCCCCUGGUCUUAUUGACCGUCGUGUCGAGAUCACCGGGCCUACAGAUAGAAAGAUGGUGGUCAACGCGUUGAACUCGGAUGUGUGGACUUAUAUGGCGGAUUUUGAAGACUCGAGCGCUCCCACUUGGGAGAACAUGGUGAAUGGUCAGGUCAACUUGUACGACGCGAUUCGUCGCCAGGUCGACUUUAAACAGGGCAGCAAGGAAUACAAGUUACGCACUGACCGGACACUGCCCACGCUGAUUGCCCGUGCGCGCGGCUGGCACUUGGAGGAGAAGCACUUCACCGUCAACGGCGAGCCAAUUUCCGGUAGUCUGUUCGACUUUGGCCUCUAUUUCUUCCACAACGCCAAAGAGCUCGUUGCCCGUGGCUAUGGCCCCUACUUUUACCUGCCCAAGAUGGAGUCGCACCGAGAGGCUCGCUUGUGGAAUGAUGUCUUCAACCUUGCCCAGGACUAUAUCGGCAUGCCACGGGGCACCAUUCGAGCCACCGUGCUGAUCGAAACCAUCACCGCUGCUUUUGAGAUGGACGAGAUCAUCUAUGAACUACGAGACCACAGCUCCGGCCUCAACUGUGGACGAUGGGAUUAUAUCUUCUCCUUUAUCAAGAAAUUCCGUAACCACCCGGGUUUCGUUCUCCCCGAUCGCUCGGAUGUGACCAUGACGGUUCCUUUCAUGGAUGCGUACGUGAAGCUGUUGAUUCAGACUUGCCACCGCCGUGGUGUCCACGCAAUGGGCGGGAUGGCUGCUCAAAUCCCCAUCAAAGACAAUGCCGCCGCAAACGACAAGGCGAUGGAAAGUGUGCGCGCGGACAAGCUGCGUGAGGUGCGCGCCGGCCACGACGGCACCUGGGUUGCUCACCCGGCCCUUGCCGCCAUUGCGUCCGAGGUGUUCAACAAGUAUAUGCCGGCACCGAACCAGCUCUACAUCCGCCGCGAGGAUGUCCACAUCACAGCCAACGACCUCCUCAACACUAAUGUCCCGGGAAAAAUCACCGAGGAUGGUAUCCGUAAGAACCUGAACAUCGGACUGUCCUAUAUGGAGGGCUGGCUCCGUGGUGUUGGCUGUAUUCCUAUCAACUACCUGAUGGAGGAUGCCGCCACCGCCGAAGUCUCUCGUUCUCAGCUCUGGCAAUGGACGCGUCACAACGUCACCACCGCCGAAGGCAAGAAGAUGGACAAGGCAUACGCGCUGCGCCUGUUACAGGAACAGGCCGACGCCCUUGCUUCCAAGGGCCCCGCGGGCAACAAGUUCCAGCUGGCAGCUCGGUACUUUGCCAACCAGGUCACCGGCGAGGACUAUGCGGAUUUCUUGACCACCCUGCUGUACAAUGAGAUUUCUUCUCCAGGCACGGCUGCAAAGCUGUAACUCAAGUCACC